AUGUCUUCUAAAGAAGUUACAAAAGAAGAUACAAAAGAUCAACUACCAAUAAACAGAAAUUCCGUUCAUCCUCUAAAUGUUAAGGGCGCUUAUCCUACCGGGAUUCUUUCAUCGGGUCCAAUCCUUAGAUGUACGAAACAAACUCCUCAAAAAGGUGGCCUUGGUCAAAAAGUCCAAGAACAAGAAAUCGGUCAUGGAUUCAUUCCAAAAAAAAGGGGUAGUAAAAUGAGAGAGGAGAAAGAAUUUGAGGAGUUGUCUCAGGAAGCUGAAAAAUAUUGA